AUGGAUUCAGAUUUUGGAAUAGCAAGAGAACUAUCUGAAAUACAAAAUCUUCGAUCUCACUACCAACCUCAACUCCCUCCAUGCCUUCAGGGAACUGCUGUCCGUGUAGAGUUCGGUGAUGCUUCCACAGCUGCUGAUCCCUCAGGUGCCCACACCAUAAAUAGGUCCUUUCCUCACACUUAUGGUCAACCUUUAGCUCACUUUCUUAGGGCGACUGCCAAGGUCCCUGAUGCUAAGAUAAUUACCGAGCAUCCAGCCGUCAGGGUGGGAAUUGUUUUCUGUGGUAGACAAUCUCCAGGAGGACACAAUGUCAUAUGGGGUCUUCUUGACGCUCUAAAAAUUCACAAUCCCAAUAGUAUUUUGCUUGGAUUUUUGGGUGGCUCUGAAGGUUUAUUUGCACAGAAAAUUCUAGAGAUCACCAACGAUGUUCUUGCAACAUACAAAAAUCAAGGUGGUUAUGAUUUGCUGGGACGGACGAAAGAUCAAAUUAGAACAACUGAACAAGUCAAUGCAGCUCUGAAUGCAUGCACAACUUUGAAGUUGGAUGGUCUCGUCAUUAUUGGAGGGGUGACAUCAAACACAGAUGCUGCUCAACUUGCAGAAACCUUUGCAGAAAGAAAAUGCUCAACAAAGGUUGUUGGAGUUCCUGUUACUUUAAAUGGAGAUCUCAAGAACCAAUUCGUUGAAACAAAUGUUGGUUUUGACACGAUAUGUAAGGUCAAUUCCCAGUUGAUCAGUAAUGUCUGCACUGAUGCCGUCUCUGCAGAUAAGUAUUAUUAUUUCAUCCGUCUCAUGGGCCGAAAGGCAUCGCAAGUUGCCCUGGAAUGCGCUCUCCAGUCGCAUCCAAAUAUGGUUAUUCUUGGUGAGGAGGUUGCUGCAUCAAACCUUACAAUUUUUGACAUAACAAAGCAAUUAUGUGAUGCAGUGCAGGCCAGGGCUGAACAAGAUAAGUAUCAUGGUGUGAUCCUAUUGCCAGAGGGUCUCAUAGAAAGUAUUCCUGAAGUCUAUGCUCUAUUGCAGGAAAUCCAUGGUUUGCUCAGGCAAGGCGUCUCUACUGAUAAAAUUUCUUCUCAACUAUCACCUUGGGCAUCUGCAUUGUUUGAGUUCUUGCCACUUUUUAUUAGAAAGCAGCUCCUUCUACAACCAGAAUCAGACAACUCUGCACAGCUGUCCCAGAUUGAGACAGAAAAGCUCCUAGCACAUCUUGUUGAAGUAGAAAUGAACAAACGAUUGAAGAAAGGAAACUACAAGGGAAAGAAAUUCAAUGCCAUUUGUCACUUCUUUGGUUAUCAGGCACGGGGAUCAUUGCCAUCAAAGUUCGAUUGCGACUAUGCCUAUGUUCUUGGUCAUAUCUGCUGUCAUAUUCUGGCUGCUGGUUUGAAUGGUUAUAUGGCGACUGUAACCAACCUGAAGAAUCCCGUGAAAAAGUGGCGUUGUGGUGCUGCUCCUAUAACAGCUAUGAUGGCAGUUAAGUGCUAUGGACGUGGUCAAGGGGCCUCUUCACUUGGAAAGCCGGCUCUGCAUCCUGCAACUGUGGAUUUGAAGGGCAAGGCUUAUGAGUUGUUGAGACAAAAUGCAACCAAGUUUAUGAUGGAUGAUGUUUAUAGAAACCCAGGACCCCUUCAGUUCGAUGGUCCAGGUGCUGAUGCUAGAGCUGUAACCUUGUGUGUUGAAGACCAAGAUUACAUGGGUCGUAUCAAGGAAUUGCAGGAAUACCUCAACAAGGUGCGUUCCAUAGUGAAACCUGGGUGCUCUCUAGAUGUUCUGAAGGCUGCUUUGAGUGCCAUGUCCUCUGUGAUAGACAUUCUGUCUGCGAUCCCGAAGCUCUGGCUGGCGCCGCUGCCGGGUGUCUUUUCCGAUCUCAGAAUGGAUAAAAGUAAUGUAGAGAUGGAGGACGUCAAAAAGCACAUCCUAGAUUCAGAGAAUAACGAACUCGAGACAGAGAAUAAACUUCCUGAUGCAAAAGUUGAAUGCGGGGAAGGAGAAUUGCCUCCUAAAGCUGCCAUGGAUGAUGUAAAUGCUGGUGCAAGUGUGGCAGAGGACCUAAAAAUUACUGAAGGCGAGGCAGAAGAUUGGAGCAAUUAUAAAAAUGAGGCAGAACAUCAAAUCAACAUAAACAGCGAGACCAAGGACCAAAUCGAGGGUAAGAGUGAGGCUGAGGACCCAAUUAAUUGUGAGAGUGAAGCUCAUGACCCAAUCAACAGUAAUAGUGUGGCAGAGGACCAAUCUGGUGCCAAAUAUGGAGUGAAUGAACAGAACAUUAUUGGUAGUGGAGUGGAGGAAGAAAAAAAUUCAAUCAAGAAUGACAUAGAGAGUGCCAAUAAUGUUGAAACUGUGAUGGAGGAAGACAAACUUACUGGAGAUGUUGCAAAGGAGAAAACCUCUAAUGAGAAUAGCAGAGAGGAUGAACAUCCUGUUGAAAAUGUUGGAGUGGAAGAAAAACAAACAGAAAAUGCUGCUGUGGAGAAAACAUCUAUCGAAGUACUACAUCUUCCAACUGAACUAUCAGCAAAUGAGUCUCCUCAAAAUGAGGGCGUUUUGGUAGAUGACAUACCACAGGUUACGAAUGAAGAAGUGUUAGAUGUGGUUCAUCAGAAUGAGGGGAAAUUGGUUAAAGAUGAGCUGAAAGAACCAUGUAAUGUGGUUGUUCCUGCCACUGCUCUAAUCAAUGGGAAUGCCGAGGCGGGUGAAACUGCAACCAAAUGUGAAUUUGUUGAUGCUACAAUUCCAAGCCAGCAACAAUCUGUCACGCCCAAUUCCCUUCUUAAAUGUUUACCUUCAAAGGCUGUAGAUCAUAGUGGGGAAAUAGUUGAGACUGUUUUUAGUCAAGCAAAGAUGGCUGAGGGUGACGAUGGAACACCAGAAGAUCAAACAAUAUUCAUGAAGGCACUGGAAAGUUUUCAUAGGGAGAAGGGGACAGAUUUUAAGCCACCCAAAUUUUACGGGCACCCACUAAAUUGCCUGAAGUUAUGGAGAGCCGUGAUUCAAUUGGGUGGCUAUGAUCGGGUAUCUGGAUCCAAGUUGUGGCGGCAAGUGGGAGAGUCAUUUCAUCCUCCAAAGACUUGCACAACUGUUUCUUGGACAUUCCGCAUUUUCUAUGAGAAGGCAACCCUCCCAACUUCACUUUCCAUUUUAUUCUUGUUUGUUGCUAGUGCAAAUUAUGCUAUAUAUGAUAAUUGUUUCAGGGGCAAUGGCUCUCAAGGAUCAGGCAGGGCUCGGAGAGAUGCUGCCUCUCGUGCUAUGCAAGGAUGGCAUGCCCAACGUCUUUUUGGUUCUGGUGAUGUUGAUGAGCCAAUUCUAAAGGACAAGAAUCUCAGCACUAUGGCAAAGCGUGAUAAAAAUCUCAAAAGCAUUGGCCCUCUUAAACAGAAGAGACCGCAUGAAGUGGAGCUUCCAGUGAAAGCAGCACGAACUGAAACAUCUAAGCAACUGGUCACGACAGUUGUUGACGUUGGCCCCCCAGCUGAUUGGGUGAAAAUCAACAUACGUGAAACUAAAGAUUGUUUUGAGGUUUAUGCUCUGGUGCCUGGGCUUCUCCGUGAAGAGGUGCGAGUUCAAUCAGAUCCUGCUGGACGAUUAGUCAUAACAGGUCAGCCUGAGCAACUUGACAAUCCCUGGGGUGUUACACCAUUCAGAAAGGUGGUGAGCUUACCUGCAAGAAUUGAUCCAGUUCAGACUUCAGCAGUCGUUAGUCUGCAUGGGCGUCUCUUUAUUCGUGUUCCUUUUGAGCAGUCGACAACAUAA